ACCCGCCGAUGCUUGGCUGUUUCGAAGACGACAAAGACGAGGACUCGACUGUCGCCGCCGACGCUGAGCUGGUGCAGCGUUAUCUUGCGGUCCAACCAAACCGUCGUCGACUCGGCCCGCAACAGCCCAGAUCAGCAGCCAGCAAUGUACGAGAGCUCGACAGCCCGCCUGACGGAGGCCAAGCCCCAAGUGCCUUACAGCAGGGCAAUGUGGGCUGCGGAGCCUGUGAUCCCCGACAGAGCCGUCUACACGUUUGGAACCCUGACGCUACUGAUUCUGGCUGGGGCUCUGAUAAUCUUGGGCUACGCUGCCUACGUCAAGCUCUCCUGAGCACUCUUGCAACCGGCAGCCUUCCUUGUUCCCCCGUAAGUGUUGGUGUUAUUGCUCCUCGCUUCAUUGCACUGCUGAAGUAG